AAAUAUUUGGAUGCGCUUCGUUAACAUAAUAUUUAUUUGAAAAAACCAAGGUUGUGUUCAUGGUCGAAUGUAUUCAAUGUAUUCAAGUUGUCAACAAUUGAUUUUUAACAAAUAAAACUGGCGAGAGCAAAAAGCUUUAUCUCCCGCAGGUCCAGGUGCGUCCGCGAUUAGCUGAGAGAAGUUUCGCUGCCGCUGCAGCAUCCCGCCGCAUUCGUUCGGUCGAGAAGUCGAGUUGACGAGAGCCGUAUCCGUAUCAGCAGAUCACAGAGUUGCAGUGGGCACAGUCGGCACGACAAGAAAAAUAAGAGCAUCAGCCGAGAAAAAUAAAACAACACCUAUAUUAUUAAAAGUGGAAAGGUAACCGACUUCGAUCCGCUCUCAUUUAUUUGUAUACGAUUUGAUGCAUUCAGUGUAAUAGAAUAUAUAUAAAAAAGUGCAAAUUAUGCAUCAGCUUCGAGUGUGCGGUUUCAAAACAAAGCGAGCAGAGAAAUUAUAAUAAAAAUCAGUAUGGUAAUAAUACUGGCGUGCUACGUUUCACACCUCUGAAAAACGAAAACGGGGCACACGUCCGAGUGUUGUGGCUGGCAAUUGCGUCGACAACUACAACGGGAAAGUCGGUCGUCGCGGUUUGCAGUUUAAUUUUUAAUCAAUUAGGUACUAUCGGUACCAAUCAACGCACAGCUAUCUUCGAGAGCGACAGCAUCAUUUAUUGACAGUCUCGAGGAAAGAAGGAAAAAGAGUUACAGUUAUUGAUCGUCGAGAUCUAACAUAAAAAACAACGCUGGUGACAAAAACUCUGAAAACCGGAUAGGCUGGUUCUCGGGUUCUUAUUCUGCACAAAGUAAAUAACUGGAAAAGUUACAAAUACUAAGACUAGUCAACGGUUGAGGCAAUGGCAUCCGGUAGUGGUGCAGGAGCAGGAGGAGGAACACUAGGAAGUGGUCACAAUCUAACGGUAGACCGAGAGUUCAGGUAUAUCGUACAGUGGUUCACGGAGUGGAGCGAUUUUCAGCGCGAGGACUUCGCACCGGUGCUGGCAUCCUAUCUAACGGCGAAGGCCAGCCCUGGCCGAGGACCGAUAUACGUGAACGGCAUCAUCAGCGCGAUGGCGAACAUUAGCGGACAGGACAAACCGAUGAGUUUGUUUCAAUGCCGGGUUAAAUUAUUCAACGAAUGGUCCAGUAAAUGGCCGGAAUCUCAUCGUGACAAACUACUGGAGCGGCUAACCGAAAUCGACCCGGAUUUCGGCCGUCUGGUCCAGCAGGAGCUUUCCGGGUGCGCUCCCACGAUCGAUGCUGCUUACCCUGGAGACCCAGCCGCCACAACAUGCAACACAACCACAACCAAUGAUCUGUUCCAUAGUAGCACCGCAGCACCACAUGACACCGCAGCGACCGACAUUGAGUCGACCACCAUCGUAACGACCUCAACCACCGCCAACAAUAACAACAUUCUACUGGUCAUUGGGGAGGACUGAACACCUCCGCACUAGCAGCUGUAAACAGAAUGUAUGGAUCUUCAUUUAUUUUGAGAUGAAGAACACUCAAUAAUUUCCCCCACUAAAACAUUCCUUAAUCACUUUUCCGCCGUCGGUAGCUGUAUAAGCUACUGACUACAUAUUUAAUUAAUUUAUUUUCACAGAUUAACACUAGCACAACCAGAAGUAGAAAUUUCUUCCACGUGUGAAGUAAAGUUCGCUUCUGCUACAUCUAAACACUGCUAUACAAACAAAGAACCCGACUUAUCAAAAAGCACGUCGAAAGAUAUCAUUAAACAUAUGAGGGAUACAAAAAAAGAUUCAAAUUUAUAUAUUAUGUACUAUUUAUCGAGUUGAUAGUUGGUUAAGAUAUAAGCAGCAAUUUUAAAUUUGCCAUACAAUUAAAACAAAGUUCUCAAUUAUGGAAAAGACAUAAGUAUUUAAUAAACGAAGCAAAUUGAAACGAUUGUCCUACAAGGAAGCGAAAUUUAUUUUAAAAUCCUAAAACGAAAGCGGUACAGCCGCUCGAAAAUCUCAUUCCUAUGCCAAUCAUUUACAAGUAUUAAGAGUGUACAAAAAAAAAAGAACAUGCAGUUUCGAAAUAAAACGUAGAGGUGUUUCCGGGUACGGUUCCGCCAUAUACACUUGUACCUCGAAAGCAAA